GCCGUAGGUAGUCGAUCGCGGCGCGCGCGCACGGCACUCGUGUACUAGAAGCGAGUCGCUUUUUCAGAUUCGAAUAAUCGAAUAGUGAAUUAGAGGUCUUCGCUUAGUUUUACGUUGUGACCUGGAGCCGCCGAAUAACUUUAGCCUGAAAACUUUUUUAAAAUGUCUUUGUUAAUCUUACCUGAAAAAGUGGACAUGUCCUUAUCAAUACAGUAGACUCGAACAGGCGCUACGUCCAGGAGUGCAGCCGGGGUUACGAGAUGAACAGCAAGUCCCUGUGGAUGUUUUUGCUGAUCUUGCAAUGUGGAAUCGUAACACCGAGACCUGCCCAAAGUCAAGGAGAACCAGACCACUUCACGCACCAACAAUACUCCUACGAUGCUCUCAACAAACCAAAAGAUGAAAGCAACAACGAUCAAGUGAUUUCUGUGCGAAUCACUUCGUCAGUCGCAGUCGGUGGAAUAAAAACAAAAAGUGAUUUUAAUAAUACCGAAAAUACUCAAGAAAGCUUAAAACAAAACACUUUUCCAACUUUGCUUACUACUACUUAUGCAACGCCGUCCAUCAACAACAUAGAAAUAAAAGAAACAGUAACGACUGAAUUACCACCAAAUUUAAUAGGAGCUAAUAUAGAAUUUAUAAGACAGUUGAAUGCUAAGAAAGAAGCAAAAGGCCAUCAUACAUUAGAUCAAGUUCACCCUUUCCAGUUUCAUCAAGAUUUAAAUGGAACUGAAAAUACGGAACCAGCUCCCGUCACUCCAUCAACUAAUUUUGAAAAUCAAGAUGAAGACUCUAUUGCUGAACCAUCGAUCAAAAAUAUUUUUGGUAUAGACGACAAAAGUUAUGAAUAUAAAAGUAUAUCAGAAGUUAAACCAAUGGUGCAAUCACCUCCUCAUAACCAAGUGAAUAAAAAAGAUGUAAACAAUGUAGCUCAAAGUUAUAUCCCUGGUACAGAACCAAUAUUUGAUUUGCAUAAUAAUAAUGAUACAGACGACUCAAUAGCGGCAUCCUCAGUUGAAUCCAUAAUAACUGCAGAAAAUGAAGAUAAAGAUGUUGAGAAUUUAGAAAAUGUCCCACUCGCCAGAUCUAUACCAUUCUCGCCGUCCUCAAAAAAUUAUAUUCAAGGUCUAACGAACAAAGCGCCAAGUGAAAGGGGGAACAGUGUAAGUUUGACGACAGUAAGUUUUGAUAUAGUGCACGAGACGCCUAAGCAACCUACUAAUUAUAAUAAUAUGCCCAGUACUACAUACACUCACUCCGAUCAAGGUUCUAGUAAUUCAAACCAAUUUUAUGAAACGCCUAAAGUAUACAGUCAGCCGGCACAGAUCUAUAGUGAGCCUGCGAAGUUCUAUAGUGAACCAGCAAAGAUAUAUAGUGAACCUGCCAAGAUUUAUAGUGAACCGGCUAAAGUUUAUAGUGAACCUGCAAAAAUUUACAGUGAACCAGCAAAGUUCUACAGUCCAGCCGCAUCGUUAAAUCUUCCUCCAGAGACUCUUCCUAACUACACGCCUUGGCAAGUCUCUUCGCAAAAUACGGCUAUCCCUACCACUAUCCCUACUACGCCUACCGUAGUUCCACUGCCCUCAGAUAUACCCAGUUCUCAAAGGGCCGUAGAACAACGCCCGGAAAAAAACUAUGAGGUGGAUGAAAAAGUUAGUGUUAUAACUGAUGGCCGCAGCCAUGGUGUCCAGGAAUCCAGUACGGAGAAAUGUAAACAAGAGAAUUGUAAAGUCGGCUACGUGGUUGAGGGUCGGCAGUACAAAAAAUACCGAGUCGAGGAAAGAACUCCUGAUGGUUUUAUUGUUGGUGAAUAUGGUGUAGUCAGAAACGAAGACGGUGCCUUGCGAGGUGUUCGGUAUACGGCAGACGGUGACGCUAGCCCCCGGCUCAUAUACGAUGCACUAAUGAAGUUCCUACAGCUGUAAUAGGUAGUUCAUAAGAAAACCGAUGUGAAAUGCAAUAAAACAAAUGAAACUUCAAACUACACAUUUUUCAUUAUGCUUUAGCUCGUUCAGUACAUAAAUAGCUCUACUUCGACAGUUUUCAUGUGUUUGCCAUUUUUUUAUUUUCCGGAUAAGACAAGAUAUAAAGUUUGAGAAGGUAUUAACUUUUUUAACUCCAGCAAAACUUGCCAACCCUCUUUUGCAUGUGCUUAGCUGUUUUUAAUUAAGGUUGCGUGCAUAUCAUGCCCUUUAUUUUAAUUUGUAAGACUGAAAGGAGAGUAGCAUGUUCUCCGUCAUGUCCACUUAAAAAUGUAAGAAAUUCAUUAGACAAUUUUAGUUUAGUUCGAUAGGUAAGCUAAUUUCACUCAUUAAAAUCCAAUUAAUUUUAAAACAAUUCAUUUAUCAAGUAAAAAAGUUUCAUUCGGUACUAAUAUAAUAUGUAUAUGCGUAAAUACUGUAAUAUUUAUUUAUUGUGUCACAAAAUGGUAUUUUAAAAUAAUAUCAAAAUCGUUGAUCGAAACGUGUAUAUUUAGUAUAAUUUCAAGUAUAGGUCCCUAAGUAUGCUUUUAUUUUAAUAGGAUAUCUUAAAAAUAUUUCCAUAUCUACAGGAGUAUGGAGUUUUGUGCCAUGGUCGAUUAAUAAAACUACUGUGAAACAUUAAAUACUCACUGUAAUUAUAUGAAUAGUAAUUUAAUUCGCUAUUUAAGUAAGUAAUUAAAAACAUUGUAUAUAAAUAAAUUUGGUCAAACGUGCAAUAAUGUUUUAUUAAAAAUCAACCUUUGUUUUAGCUGGGAAUACGAAUAAAAAAUUUGGAAUAUGAACAUUUAAUGUAUGUAAUAUGUAUACUCUAUUAUAGUAAUUAAUACAAUAAAUUGUAAUGUAUUCAGAUUAAAUACGUUUAGGUCGUUGGAGCAGCCUUAUCUAACCUAACAACAACAUAUUGUUCAACUUCUCAACAUCAACACCGAAUAUUAGUUAAUUAAUUUGUAUUUUUAAUGUUAACAUUAAUGGUAGGACCAUCGUGCCUCAGCAAUGUGAUCACAGAAUGUGAUUCAACAAUAACAUUGUGACAAGCUAUAAUCUACUUUGACAGUUUGAGUGUACUCGUACUUAUACUUACUUUGACUAAUUAAUUUAUUUUCAAACACACUUACUUGUAAUACACGCGUGCGUCACUGAAAAUGCAUUUUUAUAGUACCUACUAAUCACCUACAUGUUUUAGUAACAUAAUAUCCAGUUUUUCAGGAACAAAACCUACUUU